GAGUGACACAUUUCUGUAAAUGAAAGUAUUUAUUUUUGGAUUUAAAUGACUUUGCGCGAAGCCAACAACGAAACACAGUAACUUGGCAGCGUAAUUCCACACAAAAGUCGGAGCUUUAGUCCUCCGCAAGUCGGCUGCCAUGAAACAACGAGGUGCAUUGUCGGCGCUAAGACCAAAAGCACAUAAUAUAAGGUGGGAACAUAAGGAGCGUGGCGACUUCGGGGUAUGGAGGCAUACACUAAGCCACGCCAGAAAACAAAGCGCUGGCAUACUCAGCGUCGCUACUUCCUUCACUUACAACAAUAGUGCUGUCGCUACUGCUGCCACCGACAAAAACAAGAGGAAAAACUCAAAACACGAAAGAAUAAAAUUUUAACAAACGAAAAAGUGUAACAAUGUAAUGUUGGCCGCAAUUCUGUGCGCGGACUCGGCGCUUUUGGGCUUACAGCAUCGCCGCGCGCUGGUGCGCUAUGACGAUCAGGCUGUGUCGUGUGUGUUGUUCGCGGGUCGCUUGGUUGGAGCUAAAUGGUGCGAGGUUCACGUGAGCCAACCGGCAUUGCCAACUCACUGUUAAAAUGGAGCGCAGCAUGCCCUUCGGUUAUGUGUGUGUAAGUGCGUCAGUGUGUGUGUGUGUGUGCCCAAUGUACGUCGGCGACUGUGUAUAAUUAAUUGGACAUAAAAUUUACAUUGCAACACGCUUACCAAAAUAUUAAUUAAGAAGCACAAAACGAAGUGGCCAUAAACGGCACGUUUAUAUGGUUAAAAGAAUGUUAUGAAUAAAUACAAAGAAAAUAAAUAUGAAAAAAAAUUUAAUUCUACUUUUGCAGGUAUUUAUAAAUAAGUUUAAGUUUAAGUUUUUGCAAGAUGUGGUGUGCUAAACAUGAAUGAGCUUUCAAGUGCAGUUGCACGUUCGGAGUUAUACACUCAAGGCGCUUCGCGAUCUCUGCUCAAUUCUUUAAUAAGUAAAAAUUCGAUUAGCAUAGAGUGACAAUUUAAAUACGAUACCGUUAUACUGAAAUGUGUCUAAGUUCAUUAGCACUUUAAGAAAACAAAAAUAGCAAAAAUUAUCAAUUAGACCGCACAUCAAUGCUCCAGAAAUUUUAAAGUCGGUCUUUAUAAGCUUAGUAUGCACCGACUCCACCACCGUUAACCACAUUAACAUCGAAAAAUGUGAGAAAAACGUGCUCAAAUGUCGAAGAGAAUAUAUACCAGCCGCUCAAUCAAAAAGAAGUCGAAUAGAGGUUUCGAGACCGGAGAUCAACAACAAGGCAUUUCUUAAGCUAAAUUUUUAGCUAGAUCUGUAUUCCUGCGAAUCAUUUUUUAGUGAAAAUCUCUGCUAUCGUUCGACCAUUUUAUAAAGCAAUUAAUAAUAAAAAAAAAUUUAAAGAGUUUACUUAAUUAAGACAUUGUUAUUUUAUUAGGCGACUACUAGUUGUGUGGUCGAUACGUCAAUCUCCAAGUUUUAGUUUCAGUCCCUCAAUCUGUAAAAAAAACAUUCUUAAAACCUAUUUAGCGUCUACCACUUUUGAAAUGAAUUUGUACAGUUACUGUUACCGUAACAAAUGUUUUCGUAUAUAAAUAAAACACUUCAGUGAGAAAUUGUCUAAAAUAUAUGUGAGUGGUGGAUCGUCGCAAAAUUAUGAGUGCUCGCAAAGUACUCCAUAUUUUGAAGCUCUCUGCGAAGCAGCAAAGGGAGUUCGUCAACUCCUUCGAUGUAGUGAUGUGUGAUUGUGACGGUGUUAUGUGGCUGGUUUCGUCUCCGCUGUUCAGGACGGGUGAAGCGGUGAAUGUAUUGAAGGCGGAUGGCAAGCGAGUACUCUUUGUGACCAAUAACAGCGUUCGGUCGGAUAAAGAUUAUAUAAAUAAGUUCAUCGAGAACGGAGUGAAGAAUUUUCAAAUACACGACAUUAUGCAUCCAGUAAAGGCUAUGUUGUACUAUAUCAAGAAACAUAAUAUAAAGCAACCGAUUUUCUCAUUAUGCAGCGCUUUCGGAAAUGACAAGCUUCGCAAUGGAGGCAUAGAUGUGAGGACUUUGCUCACCAAGAAAUACGUCACACCCGCUACUUUGGAGAGAAUCACAAAACCGGAACAGAAAAUGGGCGCAGUGUUGUUUGAUAUUAAUUUGGAACUCUCUUAUACGCAAUUAGUUGCGGCCACACGAUAUCUAGCAGAUAAAGAUUGUCAAUUUAUUGCUGGGGGUUUAGAGCGAAUGUUACCAAUGACAAGAGAGAUAAUGGUGCCAGGAUUUGGCGAUUUUCUCGACACUCUUAGGCGCUUCACACGACGCGAGCCGACAAUAGUUAGCAAACCGGCGUUGUUGCUCGGUGAAAUUUUGAAGGACGUCUAUAAAUUGACGGAGCCCAAGCGUUGCCUUUUUGUUGGCGAUUCGCUGAAGAACGAUGUACGCUUCGGUCGGGAUUGUGGCUUUCAAACAUUGCUCGUAUUAAGUGGCAGCACACCUAUCGAGGAAAUGCGUGCAGCAAGUGCGGAGGACCAGCCACAUUUUUAUGCGGAUGGUAUGGCGGAUUUUAUACAGUUAUACGAUAAUAUAGGCAAAAAUGCUUAAAUAUUGUAUAAAGUAAUGGAUGUGCCAUAACUGGUAUAAUUGUUAGAUAAUGUUGUGUGUUUGAAAAUAUUUUUUUUUUAUCAACU